AUGUUGAGUUAAGUUCUUCAAGUUAUUGGAGCUCAACAAACUGAGGAAUAGCAAAUGGAAGCUAUUUAUGAUGAUUUUUAAAGACCUCCAAAGAUUUAGAUUGCAAUGAUGCAUGCUGCUGCAACCAAAUUUGCUAAGACUGACUCAAAUAUCGAUCUCGAUAAAACAAAUGUUUGUCCCUGUUGUGGACUACCAGCUGUAAUUGAAGAAAUCCCUUUAUGUUCGUAAAGGAAUGAAUUCAGUUUCAAUGGUUCAGGAAUAGCUUUGUAUUUUGAUUUCUUAGUGUUUUCUGGUAUUAUUGUCUUUACUUACAUGUAUCUUAAUUUAUGGAAAUUUAUAGAGCUAUCAGUUGUGGAUACAAUAUAUAUGUAAAUUCUCAUGGAAAGCGAUGCAGUCAUAUAAAUAGUAGUUUUGCUGAUUAAUGUAAAACAGACUUUUUUAACUAAUUUUCAUUGACAAAUGAUCAUGAGUAUUUAUCUAUAAUAUAUAUGCUAGACAAUUAGAUGAAACUCGUAGUAUACUAAAUUUUAUAUCCUUAGUAGUAAUAUUGUUUAUGACCUUAUUUUACAGAAGACAUAUAAACAAAAUUGCUAUGGAAUUAGAUGAUGCUGCUAUCUUAGCUUCUGAUUUUUCUAUCUUAGUUGAGAAUAUUCCAAGAGAUGCCAAAGAGCCAGAAAUUUAGGAGUAUUUUUCUUAAUCAUUUCAAAAUGAAACAGUGGAACUUAGAAAACUUUGUAUAGCCUAUGAAAUUUAACCUUAUUUAAAACUAAAUACUUAAAAAUAAUUGAAAGAAUCUGUGCUUACAAAAGUACUUGAAUUAGAAGCAGAAGGAAAAUAAAUACCUAAAUCAAUUCCAUCUAGAGUUUAAUUAAAAUAAGAGAUAGAUGAAAUCUCAAAGGAAUUAGAUUAUAUGGAAGAUCAUAGGGCAACUAUUUUUGGUUUCAGUGGAAUUUGUAUAAUCAGUUAUAAUUAUGAAAAAUAAGCCGAUAAUGUUUGUAAAACAUUCAAAGCUACAAGAUUUUAAGUAUUAUUAGAUUAAUUAGGAUUCGAACAAAAUCAAUUCUAAUAAUUUAGAAAUAAUAAUCUUUUUGUAAGAAAAGCACCAGAACCAGGUGAUAUCAUUUGGGGUAAUCUUGGGAUUACAAUAAAAGAAUAAUUUAAAAGAACAUUAAUAACUAAUGCUAUGACUUUAUUUUUAUUAGCAAUUGGAUUUGGAUUAUUACUUGCAUUGUCAUAUUUAUAGAAUGUCAUAAAUAAAAAUAUUUCAAAAGGGUCAGCUGCAGAAGCAACUAUUGUUACUUUUAUAGGAUUUGCUUCAUCAAUUCUUAUUUUGAUUAUAAAUAAAAUAUUAGCUAAAAUGAUCAUAAGAUUUGCUGAAUUAGAAUAAUAGGCUACUAGAACAGAUUAUAAUAUAAGUGUGGCUUAUAAAAUGGGAGUAGCUUAAUUUCUUAAUACUGCUAUUUUAACUUUAAUUAUUAAUCUUUUUAUAUAAGAAAAUAUAUCCAGUUUAGAUUAAGCUAUUUGGUAGACUGGUGGACUCAAUUCAGAUGUUAUGUUGAUUUUCAUAACUAAUUCAAUUAUGCCAUGGUUAACUUAAUUAAUAGAUAUCAAUUAUUUUUAUAAGUUAUAUGUUAGAUAAAAAAUUAUUAAAUAAGGAGAAAAUUGUAAAUACACUUAAAAUGAAGCUAAUAAGUAUAUUAAACUUUAUUUUUAGAGCAUUUGAAGGACCAUCAAUUGAUUUGUCAUAAAAAUAUGCUAAUUUAUGUAAAACAUUAAUGUUUACUUUCUUAUAUUCUGCAUUAUUACCAAUAGGAGUUUGUUUCACUUUUAUAUCAAUUAUUUGUUUAUAUUGGGCAGAAAAAUAUUUAUUAGUAAGAAGAGAUUCUAAACCUGCUCCAACAGGAAGUGCCAUGGCUGAAGCAAUGGUUGCUUUUUAUAUCGAAUUAAUACUUUUGUUAUUUUCUGUAAAUGAGUUAAACUUAAUUAUUUUAGUUAGGAUGUACUUUUUGGGAAUGGGUGAACUACGACAAAGUUCAUGUUCUAACAUGGUUAUAAUUGGGUUUUUCAACCUUAUACUAUUUGAUCCCAAUUAAGAAAAUUUGUGGAUGCAUUGUGGAUUUAGGGAUUGACAAUGCCACUGUCGAAUCUUAUGAUGAAAAAUUCUUAACUUUCUAUGAUGACUAUGAUCGACGUAAUCCUGUGACUCUAGAUGCAGCCAAAGAGAAGUGGAUAAAAAUUCAAUAGGAAACCGUCUAACCUAAUUCAUAGCAAAAAACAAAGUAAAUAAAAUAAUUUAGAUCUUAGCAAUUAAACAAAACAAUAUCACAAAAUUAACCAUAUUGGCACAGUAAGCACAAAAGUUCAUCCUUUAAAUACUGCAAAUAGCAGAGAAAUAGAUGAUUUAUAAUAACUCUAAGUUUGA